AUGUCCACCAAAUAUGCCCCGGCGCAGCGCGUCGCCAAUCAAAAGCAGGAUGUGUGGUCUAUUAUUAAUGAGGCUGCCGCUGCCUCUCCCGUUCAGCCGAUUGUGAACAUGGGACAAGGGUUUUUUGGGUACAACCCUCCUCAAUUCAUCCUCGACGCGGCGAAAAGCGCCCUUGACCGGGUAGAGUGCAACCAAUACUCACCGACGAAGGGAAGACCGAGGUUGAAGAAGGCUAUCGCGGAUGCGUACACCCCCUUCUUUGGGAGGAAGCUGGACCCGGAGACUGAAGUGACCAUCACAACGGGAGCCAAUGAAGGCAUGCUCAGCGCAUUCAUGGCCUUCAUCGAGCCGGGCGACGAGGUCAUCAUCUUCGAACCUUUCUUCGACCAAUACAUCAGCAACAUUGAGAUGCCCGGCGGCGUGAUCAGAUACGUUCCGAUGCACCCUCCGGCAGAUGGCGCGGAAAGGACGUCCUCGGCCGCAAACUGGACCAUCGACUUUGACGAGCUGGAAAAGGCCUUUAAUGACAAGACGAAGAUGAUUGUGCUCAAUUCGCCGCACAACCCCGUUGGCAAGGUGCUCAGCAAGGAAGAACUGACACGGAUCGGCGAGCUCUGCCUCAAAUAUAAAGUCAUCAUUCUCUCGGACGAGGUCUACGAUCGGUUAUAUUAUGUCCCUUUCACUCGAAUGGCGACUCUGUCUCCAGAACUGGCGCAGACCACUCUGACCGUGGGUUCGGCAGGCAAAAACUUCUACGCGACAGGGUGGCGGGUCGGAUAUCUGAUCGGGCCUCCGAACCUGAUCAAAUACGUCGCCGCGGCUCACACCCGGAUCUGCUAUUCCAGUGUCUCUCCUCUGCAGGAAGCCGCCGCGAUUGGCUUUGAGCAGGCCGACAAGGUCGGAUUCUGGAAUGCCGCGGUCAAAGAAAUGAAGGGCAAGAUGGAUCGUUUCUGUCAGGUGUUUGACGAGCUCAACAUCCCUUAUUCCAUUCCAGAAGGUGGCUAUUUCGUGCUCGCCAAUCUGUCCAAAGUGAAGUUGCCCGACGGUUACGACUUCCCCGACCAUCUUAAGGACCGACCGAGGGAUUUCAAGAUGGCAUGGUUCAUCAUCGUCGAACUAGGUGUGGCGGCCAUUCCCCCUUCGGAGUUCUACACAGACGAGCGGGCACAUUUGGCCGAGGAUUGGAUGCGGUUCGCCGUUUGCAAGAAUGAUGAUGUGCUGGAGCACGCCAAGGAAAGACUGAGAGGGUUGAAGAAGUACAUGCAAUCGUGA